AUGCGCUUCGCAACAGCCAAACUCGCUCUGAUCUCCCUCGUCACGCUCUUAAGCGUAGCGGAAGUAGCAGCUCAGGGAAUUCAUAAUUGUCUUGUUAAUGCGGAUUGCGGCCCUUGUGGUGGGCUUAAAGGGGUAUGCACGUAAGUGCUUUUCAGAAAGAAUGCAAUACUUGUUACUAAUACAGGAACUGUGUAGGGCUGGGUUUUGUACAUGCUAAGACUCCACGUUGAUGAGAAAGUGAGAUGA